UCGAUGCCGCCCAUUCAUUGCCAUCGAUCCUGUGUUUAAGUUGGAAGACAUCAGUAUCGCGUUGCUAGAGGCUGUAGUUAUAACACCAGCGGGGGGAGGGAGAUACACAAACUUCCGAAGUGUGACCGCGAGAAGUUCAGCGAUGGCGAACGGGACGGUAGUCCGGGCUCCCGGGGAAGAAGACACGGCCACGGGCCCCGAGGCCCGCCCGGUCCUGCGACGCUCCGACUCCCGUAACAUGCCGCCAGCCAUGGCCGUGCGUAAGCGAGUAGGGGGCUACCUGGUCGGGGAGACGAUCGGCGAGGGGUCGUUUGGGAAAGUGCGGAGCGGAACCCACACCUUAACGGGAGAGAAGGUCGCCAUGAAAAUCAUCGACAAGAAGCUGAUCGCCAAGCGGGAGUACGUCCGUAAGAACCUCCGGCGCGAGGCGGUGGUUCUCCAGCGGCUGACGAGCCACCCGAACAUCAUCCGCCUGUACGAGGUCCUGGAGACGGCCAACAACUACUACCUGGUCACGGAGUUCGCCCAGGGCGGGCCCUUCAUGCGCUACCUCUGCGACCGCAAGAAGCUGAGCGAGCGGGAGACGAGGAAGUUCAUGCGGCAGCUGGUGUCAGCCGUGGACUACAUGCAUCAAGCCGAGGUGGUACACAGAGAUAUCAAAAUCGAAAAUUUCCUUCUGGAUGAAGAUUCAAACUUGAAAGUGAUCGAUUUCGGACUGAGCAACAUCCUUGGACCAGACGGCCUCUUGAAAACCCAGUGCGGGUCCCCGGCCUACGCUGCGCCCGAAAUCUUCUGCAACGCUAGCUACAGUCCCGCUGUCGACGUCUGGAGCAUAGGCGUCAACAUGUACGCGAUGUUGACGGGCGAACUACCAUUUAUCGUGGACCCGCCCACCAACAUGACGAAGCUGCACGCUAAAAUCAUCCAGGGAUGCACGAUACCACAGAAUCUGACCCGUGAUUGCAGAGACCUUUUGGGAAAACUACUCACUGCGAAUGAGACUGAGAGGAUAUCGCUUCGUGACGUCAUGCACCACCCAUGGAUAAAUAGGGGCUACACGCACAGACUCCACCCCACGCAGUUCCCCAACCGACUCACUGACCAGCAGCUGGAUGGCAACAUCAUCUCAUCGCUGGUAGCCAGCGGCUUCAGCGAGGCUGCUGUCAGGGAGGCGGUGACCCAGAACAAACCAAUUGCUGAGACAGCCGGGUACCACCUCCUGCGUAACCGCCUCGCCAAAGGGUGGGGCCAUCCCGAGGGGGCUGCGCCAGCCGCGAACGACAGCGGGGGAAGCGACGGCGACGACGUCAUUGACCUCGAGUCAGAUUCGGUGAUGUUCACCCCGACACCUGCAGGCAAGAGCUCCCGACCCGGAAGUAGCGCCGGUUGGCGAACGAACGGCAGCACGAAAUUGGAGCUCGAUAGAGCCAAAUCGCAACUGGUUCAAAACAGGCAGGCUGUGCAGCAGGAAGACAGACUAAAAAGUGCACCCACACCCAACAAGAAACAUUCUGGUCCACUUUUGAUUGAUACACGGAAACAGAAGGCCGAUGCGCUGGAAGAAAACACAUCACCGACACGGGAAGUCAUCUUGGAUGAUAUGCGACAGAAACUGGCUCCCUCUUUCAAACCCGAUCCGAAUAAUAACGAAAUCAACCUCAAAGACAAAAAUACCUUGAUCAUCGUCACGUCUCUUGACGAAAAUUCGCAUCCUCCGAAGAAGAACCCCAAAUCUGUGAAGGAAACGACGCACAAAGCCGACAAGGAAAACGACCGCGCGGGGACGGAUGAGCGCCAAACGUGCAGAAGUGCGGGAGAGAAAGGACCACCAGUGGACCCACAUCGAUCGGCAGCGGGAUGGACGGCUCCAAGUCCCGGUAGAGCCGCAGUCGAGCACGGCUGCAUGAUCAUCGUCAACGGGAAACUGGCCAAGGGAAACCUCUACGCGGAUGUUCUCCAGCACCAACGGUCGGCUUGGACCUCAGAGACCCCUGAGGACAGUCCCACGCCCGUUCUAGGGCGACGCACCGGGUCUUUCUCCUCCAGAAGAGGACCUGGCUUACGCCGAUCGCAAACGGACCCAGGGACUUACCUCAUCUCACGGGAUGCAGAGAGGAGGAAUUUUGUUCCACUUACAAGAAAUCGAGAGGGGGUUCUGCCAUAUCAAAACCAUGGUGCUUUCCCGGCUCACCGACUCGGUCUUUACUACUCGACGACCAGACAACUCCGUCACUAUCCAGGCACUCCGCGCAGCAACAGCGGCAGCAUCCUGCGCGAGGCAGUCCCGCCUCGCUCCUCGGCGAGGGCCCGGUCGCAUACCGCGCCCAACAGCAGACCGCUGCUGGCCCUGAAGGGGGCCCCGGCUCUCAAGAGCGCCCCACUCCCGGGAAGCAAACGACCCGCCGCCGGAAUGAGUGCGAAUGGAAAGGAUUUGACACUGCCUAGGAUAAACCUGGACCGGGUUGGCUGCCAGUAAAUAGUGGCCCUUAAAGAACUUAAUGUUGUUACGUGCGGAGAAUGCACGGCAGAAGAAAAAUCAAAAGACGGGAACCGGGACACCAAAAAUACGAGCAAAGAACAAUAAAGGAACUAAUUUGGAAUAACAUGUAAUUAUAAACUUAAAUCAGCAAAGAAGUAAAUUAAAACAAAGUAAAUCUUUUGGUUUGCCGCAACUGAAACUUCUCAUGCAAGAACACCGUGAAUUUGAACAGUCAACAGCAUAAAAUCUACUACUUUGACCCAGAGACCGAUGAUACGCUACCGCAGCUACUUUCAAACCAGAUAAAAUAUCAACGAGAAACAAUGAUCGCGACACAGUUACUUUCAAACCACCAGCUUCUUUUUUUUACCUCCAAUUGCUUUUAUGAUCGGCAUGAUGAAAUAUUGAUCGACGAGCAACAGAGGGCGCUGUCCCCCAACUUCUAAAAAGUUACCUUUUACGCGUUACUUAAACCACUAGAUACUUAGUAGCAUAUGGGGAGGGGGGUGACUGUUGAGCUCCAGCAAAAUCAAUUUUUUAUUCCAACAAUAUCAUUGCAUGCUUUUUUUCAACCCAUCAUUGUAAGGAAGACUCUAAAAUGACACUACAAUCAAGCAAUUACAGGGGCAAUGGAAUGUUUUGGAACCGUUCUUCCACUGGAAAGAAAUAAAGUU